UCUGGUAGUCUGUGGAGUGUCUGUGGUCGAAAUAAAAUGGCGGUGGACAGAAAUUUUUAGAAAAUAAUUGCCUGAUCUGUGACCAUAGUAGUCAAAUAAUUUAAUUUAAUUUAUUAUUUCAAUUACUAAUUAUGAUUAUAUUUUAUUUAAUUGUUAUGUAGAAGUAGAAAAUUAUAAAUAAAUUUUAAUUAAUAUAUGAGUGAGAUUAAAUAACCAUAUAAAAUAUGGCAGUAAGUAUGAGGUCUCACAACUCUUAUGUAGAACUCACAAAACACAGGACUGAGGCUUGCGACUUCUGUGAGAGGACAUUUAAAAACAGAUUUGAGAGUAUAAUACACAACGCAUCACACAUUAUUAUACCGCUGUUGAAGCAGAACUACCACCAAUGCGACAUCUGUCUCCAUCAUUUUUCAUCACAGGAAGAAUUGUACCAUCACCACAGAAAGAAACACCAAAACACAGAGAUUGAAAAUAAAAAAAAUAACAAUACCAAAAAAAUUAAGUUGGAAAAUUCUGAUCCAGAACACAAUUUUAACUAUAAGGACAGUGUGCAUGACAUUAACAAUGAUUUAAGUAGAAAUGAUAGAAAAGUAAUCAAAACUGAAAAUGAUGGUAAAUAUAAUAACAAAUCUAUUAAAAAGGAAUUAAAAACUGAAUGUAUGCAUAGUAAUGUAUCUGAAAAUAUUCAUAAUGAUUGUAAUAAUGAAGGUGAAUCUAUCAAAAAUAGAUUAAUAUUUGAAGAUGAUGAUGAUGAUUCGUUUGGUAAGAACACAUUAACAGACAUAACUGAAUGUAAAGUUAAAAUGUUAAAUGAGCCGUUAAACCAACCUGGUAUCCAGAAUAUAAAACCAAAUGGCAAUCAUGGAAUAAUGAAUAUACCAGAUGUUGAUAGAAAAUGUGAUUCAGAUGAUUAUGAUUAUGACAAUUUUGUCAUCACAACACCACAGCAGUCUCACAAAUAUGACAAUAUGAAGCUCAAAAUCCAUGAUACACAGAAUUUUGAUGAAAUUGACCAGGAAUUUGCUCAUAAAAGUGUACAUUACACCGAUCUAGUCAGGCCUGGUAUAUUCAAAUGCAGGUUUUGUUUAACUACAUUCCCAAAUAGAUUACUCGUAAUACAGCACGAGACAACGCAUAUCCACAUACAGCAGCCCCGUCCCCAACUGUGCACGUACUGUGACAGGUACAUUGCGGGCAGAUACGUAAACCUGUACCGGCACAUCCGGAGCCAGCACCCCGGGGCUGACCUGCACAAGAAGCACCAGACCCGCAGGUGCAAGAAGUGUGGGCUGAAGUAUCGGAAGCAUCUGAGCCACAUGAGGAAUUACCAUCCAUAUGACUGCGAACAAUGUGGGAAGGAGUAUAGUCAAUCGGAAUCCGCACAAUUGAGAAAGCACAUGGAAACUUGCAGUACACACAAUGUAUCAUCAAAAAUAUUGAAUGUAUGCGAAUUGUGUGUCAGUUUCAUGAAAUUCGCAACGGGUGUGAAAUACGUGUCAUUAGGUAGCACCCCUAACCGACCGGGGGUGAGGUACCCCUGCUCUACGUGCGGGAAGCAAUACUUCGAACUGCAAACCGUGAAGCGAGAAAAAGUUUACAAUCUCAACAGCCUGCUCAAUAAAUCAAAGAAGCCGAUGUCCAAUGAAGAGAGACUCAAGAAGUUCCAGCAUAGGUUGAAGAAAAUAAAUCUGUUGAAUAAAUUCUACUUUGUCUUUUUAUUUACCUGCCUUUGACUGUUUAAACCAGAGGUUCCCAAA